GGAACUUUUAUCCGAUUUGCCUACCAACAGAGCACCACUAGCUUUACUCACUGUGAAACAACGAUUCCUGUUGAGAGACCGGGGUCAAUCUUGAUAGAAUUUUUUUAGAGUUUUAGUCGUUAGUUGUAUUCCCGCUGCGUAUGUCGUUGAUCCGUAGAGCAUGCUGAUUUUUUUGCGCCUAGACAUUUCAGUUUGAAAAGUUUUACACAUCGGUUUUGUGGCUCAAAAAAUUCGUUCCGAGGGAAUUUUAUUUAAAAAAUAAAAUAAAUUUUUUUUGUGAAUUAAAAAAAGGAAAAAAUAAAUUAAGGAAUUUUAAAAGAAAGAAAUUAAAUUCAAAAUUGUGAAAAAAUGAGAAAAUUUAAACUUUGUGAUUGAAAAAUAUUUUUAAAAAUAACAAAAUAAAGUGAAAAAAUUGUGAAAAGUGAACAGAUUUAUAGAAAAUAUUAAAAUUUAUGUGCAAAAAAAAUUGAUUUGUGAAAAAAUAAACUUAAAAUAUUGACAUUUAAUAAUUUUUACGGUUAAAAAAAUAAGAUACAAAAAUGAUGAUGAAUGGUUUUAUGGACACAUCGUCACCAUACACUCAUUUGGCAUCGUUUGGAUUAAAGAUGUCGCCAAAUCAUGAUGCAAGCAGUUCAUUAAGUCAACAACAUUCACAUCUUGCCAGUUUUGGAUUGAAGAUGUCACCAAAUCACGAUAGUGCAGUUCAACAGCACUCACAUCUUGCAUCGUUUGGCUUAAAAAUGUCACCAAAUCAAAAUGAGACGAGAAGUAAUUCGUUAGCUAAUGAUCACACAUCCAUGUUACAUGGAAGUGGAAAUUCUCUUACUGACAUGUCAACUGCUUCAGUUGCUCAUAAUCCUUACUCGAGUGCUCAAACAAGCAAUGGAUAUCCGACAUCACACUAUAUACCACCCACACAUAUGGGACAAAUUAAUCAGAUUCCAACGUACAGUGCAAAAGAUUUCCUUUUUAAACGAGAAAAUGAUUACAUGACUCCCACAGCCACGGGUGGACCUCAGUCAAAUCCAUCAGCUGAUCCAUCGCUUUAUCAUCACACAUCAAUUCAUGAUAAUCUAAAUCAUCAUGCAGCAGCAUCAGCUGCACCAUUGGCAAAUCAUCAUUUUCAUCAGCAUCAAAUGCGUAUGGGAAUCACACCCGAUUAUUCUCAUCAUUAUCAUCAGUCAAACUAUCCGUCGGUACAUCAUCAUAAUCUUGCCAAUUUGCCAGUUAAUCAUGGAACAUCUGGUGCAUUUUUCCGAUACAUGAGACAUCCACCAGCAAUUAAACAAGAGAUGCAAUGCUUGUGGGUCGAUAUGGAUGGUCCACAUCCAGUCGGUCAACCAAUCUGCUCCAAUUCGAAUCGUAAAACAUGCAACAAAAUUUUUAAUUCAAUGCAAGAAAUUGUGACACAUUUGACAGUUGAUCAUGUUGGUGGACCUGAAAUUACUUCACAUUGCUGCUACUGGUUAGCAUGCUCCCGCAAUGGACGUCCAUUUAAAGCAAAAUACAAGCUAGUAAAUCAUAUUCGAGUGCAUACAGGUGAAAAACCAUUUCCAUGUCCAUUUCCUGCUUGCGGGAAAGUUUUUGCUCGAUCUGAAAAUUUAAAGAUUCACAAACGUACGCAUACUGGUGAAAAACCAUUUAAAUGCGAACACGAGGGUUGUGAUAGGCGUUUUGCUAAUUCAUCAGAUAGGAAAAAACAUUCACACGUACAUACAUCCGAUAAGCCGUACAAUUGUCGAGUGGCAGGUUGCGAUAAAUCUUACACGCAUCCAUCAUCGCUAAGGAAACAUAUGAAGGUUCAUGGAAGUUUAGUAGAUGAGAAAUCACCAGUUCAUCAAUAUGACAGUGAAGGAGAAGAAUCGAGUGCGUCAAGUAUUGUAACAGGUGGAAAUGAAACGCCGCCAUCACGUUUACAGCAUGACUUAAAAUACAAUAAUAAUAAUAAUAAUAACAACAACAAUAAUAAUGAGACAACUGCAAAUAACAACAAUAACCAUACAAAAUCGCCAGCAGCACCGAAUAGAUUUACAGAUAUAUCAGCAACAGGUCAGCAUUCGUCCUAUCAUCAUCACUCACAUCUUACACAUCCGCAUGCACUCUCACAUGCAAAUCCACAUCAUUUGCAUUCACAUCAUAUACAUCAAAAUACAAAUCAAUUGGCACCUCCACAACCAUCAACAACACCAAAUUCAUCUUCAAGUGCACCAUCUCCUGCCCUCAAUUCUAACUCACCAUCACAAACUGCCACUGCAUCGAUGCUCGUUGCUGGUCACCAUAAUCAUCAUUUAUUAUAUCAUCCGCAACAUCCAAAUGAUUGGUAUCAUCCAACAACACCAACAACACAUGAGACUAUGAAUCAUUUAAAUCAUUUUAGUCAUCAUCAUCAUCAUUUAGUUCAUCACGGUCCAACGACAGCUUAUUGAGAAUCAAUGUAUUUAGACGAUUUGUAUGUUUGAAGUUAUUAGUUGAACUUUUUUUUGUGUUAGCUGUGUAUAGUAAACAAAUCUACCCGUAAGAACCUCAUUAAGGAUACUUCAUGAAUUGUUUGAUAUUUGAAGAUGUUGAUUGUCCAUUUUUUGUGCUCAGAACUGUCGACAUGGUCAGGCUUAUUAUUUAUUGUAUAAUUUUAUGCGGAAAGAAUUUUAUUUAACGGAUAAUAUUUGAAUUUAAGGUAAGAAAAAGAUUCAAAAAUAAAAAAAAAAUCCGUUAAAUUUUGAACAUUUUUAAAUAUCAAAUGAUUCGAUUCUAUUUAUGUACAUUUUUAAUGCAAUUAUUUGUGGAAAACUGAAUAAACAACCUACAAAUAUUCUUCCGGAGCCUUUCGUGAGCCAAAGAAGAUGUAAAAAGUCACUCAGAAAAAAAUAACUUUAUAGGAAGGAUUAUUUCUAUAACCAUUUUGUGCCUCUAAAAAAGCUUUUCUCGAAAAAAAAAAUAAAUUUUAAUUUUCCAAGAAAUGAAAAAAGUUUCCAUCCACGACAUGAUGACAUAUUUUAUGAAUAAUAGUGAAGUGUUCUAAACUUUAUAUAAUCUUGUCCUAUUAGCGGUGUAGCUAUGAGGAGGGGGAGGGAGUCAAAAUAAGGAAUCCUAAAAUCAACCCCAACCCACCUAGCUACACCCUAGCAUCCCAUCCAUAAUUUGGCAUCAAAGUAAAUUUCAUUAAGAAGAAUUAAAUUUCAGUGUGAUAAAAAUUGUAUAAAAUAAUGUUAAUAAAUUAUAAUUUUAUGAAAAGCGGAAUUAAUUGCCAAUUUAUCGGUUCAAUUAAGAGGAAAAACAUGAUAUAAAUUUGUUAAUUAACUAUGAUUGUGUUAAUACAAUAGCACGUUGUAUCUUGGCAAGACCGAAUUAAUUGUGGAACUCUUUUUAACUCAAUUAAGUCUCAAAAACAGACUCUCCUCCUCUUUUUGUGUUUGAUUGACGGCUCAUAAUUUUCCCUUACUGUAAGUUUAACAAUGGAUAAUACACAAACACAUACAAACAAUUAGUUUCAGUUACUUAAUGAAAAAUUAAAAAUGAACAAAAAAAAAUAAUUAUAAAAAAAAUGUAGAAAAAAAUUGGACGUAAAAAAGUGUAAUUUUGAAAUAAUUAUAUUCUGUAAUUUAUUUAAAAAGAAAGAAAAAAAUCUUAAUCUUAGUCGUAAAGAAGCAGGUAGCUUAUAAUACUUAUAUUAUUAUGAUAAUUAUCAUUGUAGAUUAAUUAAUUCGCUUUAAGGAAUAGCUGCAGAUAUAUAUUAUAUUGUAUUUCAAGUGAAGAAAAAAAUUCUAUAUAUAUAUAUAUUAAUUAAUUAAACUAUUGGAGAUUAAAGCUGCAUCAACCUACCUAUUGUAAUCGAUUGAAACAAACUCUCAAAAAUGAUUUAUUUGAUGAUAGAAAAAUAAAAAUAAAUGAAAAAUUUCUGAAUAAUGCAAAUAAAUUAAUUUUUUUCUUCUUUCUCCUUCCACCUUUUAGUUCUCACAUUUCAGGUUCUAGAAAAAUAAAUUAAAACAAGCAUAAUAAAAUUUGUCAAACUAAUUAAUUGAAUUAUUCCAUUCACAUUUUAUCCUGCCUUGCUUUGCUUUGUUUCUUUCUUUCAUUCGUUUUAAAUCGCUUAUAUAAUUGAUAAAAAAUUAAACAAUUGAAUUGCGGCACACUGGAUGUAUAUUUAAUUAAGGAACGCUACAAUCCAGGUGUCGGGACUCUUUACUCUGACACACUCUUUCCUACGCAUUUGCUAUUUUUCCUAUUAUCUUUGCUGCUUUUUGCAACUCGCGCUACUCAUUUUUACUACGUCGUAAUUUCGCCUCCUCUUUGCUGCUUUUUACUUUUAUUUGCUGCUCUUACUAUUGUACCCGAUACACUAGUUUCUA